AUGCAGCCAUUGUCUGAGGGUCGCAGUACGGCGAUCUUUGUGGUUACUACUGUCUUUUUGGGACUAUCCUUCAUCGCAGUCUGUUUGCGAUGUUUUGUCCGAAUCAAGCUUGUUAAGGCCUUUGGCUGGGACGAUUGUCUGAUGGUCUUUGCAAUGUUCCUCAAUGUACUAUUUGCCCUCUGCGGAAUCACCGGCGCUUUCUAUGGAAUGGGGCAAAGGUCGAAGGUGCUGAUGGAGCGAGGGACGAUGGAGACAGCCAUGUUUUGGUGGUGGCUCGGCCAGACAAGCUAUGUCUGGGUAUGCGCCAUUGCCAAAUCAUCCAUCGCCGUCGCACUCCUGCGCCUGACGGUCAUCAGACUUCAUACGCUGAUCCUCUGGGGGGUCAUUGCCGUCACCAGCAUCAUAGGACUGGUCUUCUGGCUGAUGUUGACGCUGCAAUGUCAGCCCAUUUCAUUCUUUUGGCAACGAGUACGCCUACAGCUCGACCCCACCGCACCUGUUCAUGGUCACUGUCUGGACCUGGACAUCAUCAUCAAUAUGGCCUAUGUCUACAGUGUCACCGCCACUCUCUGUGAUCUCACAUUGGGUCUUUUGCCCAUCUUCCUGGUCUGGAAACUUCACAUGAACGUCCGGACAAAGACUGCUUUGGCUGGAAUCCUGGGAAUGGGCUGUGUGGCCAGUGCGGCGGUCAUUGUCCGCAUCCCUUUCCUACAUGAUUACAAGGAUCCCGAUUUCCUAUAUGCUACCACCGACAUCUCCAUCUGGUCCAAUGUGGAAGCCAGCCUCGGCAUCGCCGCCGGCAGUCUUGUCACCCUCCGUCCUCUUUUCCGCUGGUUCCGCGAUACAAGCCAUGGAGGAAGUCGCAGCAAGCGGACGGGGGACAGUAUACCCAUUUCGAGCGUGAAUGCACUUCGCUCCGACCCCUCCGCCCCUCGGUACUGGCGACCAGAUUUGGAUCCCGAGGAUUCCCGCGCAAUCAUCACGACGGUGCAUACCUCGGGGAACCAUGACAGUCGGACAAGUAGCCAGGAGGAUUUGAAUCCCAAAAAGAUGGCAUCUGAUGGGACGUAUUUCCAGGGGGUCAAUGUGCAUAAAACCUUUUUCGUGUCCGGGAGUCAGUCAUAA